GCGGGNCGGCAUGUCGCAAGUGCUCCCGGCGGCCGGCAGCGUCCUGCAGAGGAGCGUCGCGGCGCCCGGGAACCAGCCGCAGCCGCAGAGCCCAGAGGAUGAUGACCGGAAGGUCCGGAGGAGAGAAAAAAACCGAGUUGCUGCUCAGAGAAGUCGGAAGAAGCAGACCCAGAAGGCUGACAAACUCCACGAGGAGUAUGAGUGCCUGGAGCAAGAGAACACUUUGCUACGGAGAGAGAUCGGGAAGCUGACGGAAGAGCUCCGGCACCUGAGCGAGGCACUCAAGGAGCACGAGAAGAUGUGCCCGCUGCUGCUGUGCCCCAUGAACUUGGUGCCAGUGCCACGGCCGGACCCUGUGGCCGGCUGCCUGCCCCGAUGAAGCCCAGGGAUCGUCUUCCUCUGCCGAUGGAGGAGCCUUGGUCUUUUUCACACCUGGGGUUAGGCAGGUUCCCUCCGCUUCUGUGUCCAGGGGGACCUGUGGCCAGGUCACCUCCUCGGAGCUCCUGGCUGUGUCCUCAGCAGACGGCUCAGCACGACGCUCCCGCAGGCGCCUCUCAGAGCCCUGAGCGGAUCCGGACAGGGAGGCCACCCUCAGGAGUCACCUCAAUCCACUUUGGCAGCUAGUAGGUUCCGUGUUGUGCAGAAUUAUUUCCUUUAGAAUUUGGAUAAUAAAGAUGGUUAUGAUCUCUU